GAAAAUUUGUGGAUCAAUUGUUCGACCGUGUGUUCCAAAACCAUCACAAUGUUCGCAGGAAAAGAGCGUUUCCAAAAAAUCGACCACAAUUUUACCAAAGUUGACCACAUCCGCAACUUUACCAGUGCUGAUUGAUUGGCCGUGCGCUCGAAUAACGCCACCGUAUUCGCAAGAAAAGAGCGUUUCCAAAAAAUCGACCACAAUUUUACCAAAGUUGACCACAUCCGCAACUUUACCAGUGCUGAUUGAUUGGCCGUGCGCUCGAAUAACACCACGGUAUUCGCAAGAAAAGAACGUUUCAAUAAAGUCAACAGCAACUUUAUCAAAGUUGACCCCAACUCCAACUUUGCCGAAAUUGACUACAACCGCAAGUUUGCCAGUGCUGAUUAAUUGGCCAUGCGCUCGAAUAACGCCACGGUAUUCGCAAGAAAAGAAUGUUUCCAAAAAGCCAAUCGCAAUUUUAUCAAAGUUGACCCCAACUCCAACUUUGCCGAAGUUGACUACAACCACAACUUUUCCAAAGCUAGUUGAUCGGCCGUGUGCUCGAAUCACAUCGCAGUAUUCGCAAGAAAAGAGCGUUUCCAAAAAGUCAACGACAACUUUAUCAAAAUUGAUCACAACCCCAACUUUGCCGAAGUUUACUGAUUGGCCGUGCGCACGAACAACACCGCGGUAUUCGCAAGAAAAUGUUUCCAAAAAGUCAAGCGCGGCAUUACUAAUGGUGACCACAGCUAAAACAUUUACAACCAGAACCAAGAUAACCACAAUUGGAAUUUUACGCAAGCUGACCACAACAGGAACGUUACGUAAGGUGACCACAACUGGAAUGUUACGUAAGCUGACCACAACCGGAACAUUACGUAAGCUCGCCACGACCGGAACGUUACGCAAGCUGACCACAACCGGAACGUUACGCAAGCUGACCACGACCGGAACGUUACGCAAGCUGACCACGACCGGAACGUUACCUCAUCAAAACCGACCACAAUCACAGCAAGCAGUAUACCAGGUAUGUGGAGUGAAUGGUCGCAUUGCUCAGUUACUUGUGGCAGAGGUGGCACUCAAGAGCGAAGAAGAACUUGUCGCCAGAAUUGUUCAGGAGCCUUGCAAACGACGAGAAACACGAUUCUGUGUCUCGGAAGUAGUUGAUUGUGCUGGCUUGGAUAGUUAUUCAGCUUGGAGUGAAUGGUCAACAUGCAGUGUUACCUGUGGCAAAGGCAUUAAAUCCAGAAAUAGGGAAUGUUUUUUACAUACAGAAUUAUGCACCGCACAUAUUACUGAAUCCAUGGUUUGCGGAGAUGGUCCAUGCUAA